GUGUCGGCGAAGAAGACGGUUGCCAUAGUAACAUCCACGUCCUCUGGUGCGGCUAAAGCGUAAGCUAGUUCUUUACAUACGACAGCAACUUUAUUUUGGUCCAAUACGACAAGACGCCACAAAAGGUUUCCACAUCAUGGCAAGCCAGCGGCCUCCUUCCAGCAUGGGUCGACCAAUGAGCCGUGCAGGAUCAGCAGUCCCCGGAACCGGAAGACCAUUAACAGCUGUCCGACCUCCUCCUACAGCUAUACGCAUACCCACUGGGAUGGUUCCAGGUACAGGUGUUCAUCCUGGCAUGAGGGCGAGUAUUGCAACUCCUGGUGUCCUGUCAGCACAGAUCAAAGUGACUGAUAGGCCUGUGACCCAGCAGGGCCUCAGUGGGAUGAAGACUGGGUUGAAAGGACCCCAGAGACAGAUUUUGGACAAGUCUUAUUAUUUGGGUCUUCUCAGGAGUAAGAUCAAUGAGCUAACCACAGAGAUCAGCAAACUACACAAAGAGAUUGACACCUUCAAUCAAGAGAACUCAGUCUAUCUGUCCUAUGAAAAGAGAGCUGAAAGUCUGGCUGCAGAGAUCAGGGAUCUGCAGGGCCAGCUUGCUGAUUACAACAUGUUGAUGGACAAGCUCAACACUAACUCUGACAUGGAGGAAAUGAUCAACGACUACAACAACUUGAAGGGCCAGAAUGACAGAGAGGCUGAAAGCAUUGACAACAUCUUCAUUGAGAGAAGAGAGAGGGAGGAGGCCAUCAGAGCUGUUGAAGAGGAAAUCAAGAAGGAAAGGCGUGUUGCUGACGAGAUCAUCCAGUCCAUGCCAACAGCAAAGCAGGAGAAGUACUUCACCAUGACAACAGCCAAUGAGGAGCUACUACAGGAGCUUGCGCUACUUCAAGAAGAACUAGAUGCUCUGGUCACCAGGAAGGAGGAAUACGAAGCGGAGCUAGCCCACUCGCAGAUUAAACAGGAAGUGGUUCGGCUCCACAAGACUUUGUCAACACUGGAGGCAAAGCGGGACACCAUGGAGGCCGAGCAAAAGAACUUCAGCACACCACAGGAGGAAAGAGAGAAACUAUUGAAACAGGUGAAAGAAGACAAUCAGGAAAUUGCCAGCAUGGACAGACAGCUGUUGGAGAUCAAGGACAGGACCGGUCAAAUAACAGAAGACAUCCAACAGUUGGAGCAGGACUCAGAGGAAGCUCAAGGGGAAUGUCAGCAGAAGUACAAGGAACUGAAGAGAAAAGAAGAAGAAAUUGAUGGCUUCUUGCACUCCUUUGAGGAGUUGAGGGGUCAGGAGCAGAACAAGAUGGCCCACAGCCAGGAAAAUAUUGUCUCUCUCUUAGAGCACUGCAGCAGGAACAUGUUGCGGCUCUGUCAGGUGGAUACAAUCACAGCCAGCGAGCUGAGGAACAUGCAGGACGUGCUGGUUAGCAAAGAGACAGAAGUGUCCCAAUCAGCGAGUACCGCCAGGGGACUGACCACCGAGUCCCAGCGUCUGCAGCAGGACCUGGACAAAGUGCAGCAGCUGGAGGGCAAGAUCACAGGGGAGCUAAACACCCUCAAGGAACAUGUCGGCCAGAUGGAGUCGGAGCUGCUUACCUAUAGCGACCUGGACACGCUGAGACACACGGCCGAGGACAGAAAGAAGAGAUUGCAAGAAGAGCGAAUCUCCCUUACACAACAUCGAGAUUCAUUCCGACAGCUGCUGGAGGAGAUGAACCACAAAUAUGAAGCACUGAAGACCAAGCUGGAGGAAAACGAGACGCAUGCGCAGCUGGCUAACCUGGAGAGGAAGUGGCAACAUCUGGAACAGAACAACUUUGUCAUGAAAGAAUUCAUCGCCUCAAAGUCUCAGGAAAGUGACUUUGCUUCAGUGGCCAAGAAUGUUUACCAGCAAGUGUCGGAUUACAACAAAUGCCUCAUAGACUCACUGCAGAACAUCAGAAGCUGAGUACACGAUUAUUAUUAAAACGUUUAAUCAAUACAUCAAUAAACA